CCCACCGUGAGACUCGAUCCCACGACCAUAAAAUUAAGAGCCUUGCGCUCGUACCAAUUGAGCUAGACGGGCAACUGUAAAUGUUGUUAAUUUUGCUAAUUUGACCGACUCUUGUAGGUAUGCAACGCAAACCGGAGAUGCUGAAUCAGGAUCCGAGAAAGAAUGAUAAAUCCUUGAAGAACUUUACCAAACAACCCAGAUAUUGGCCACAAGGAAGAACGGCUCCGAUAGUAUCCAUGAGCAAGGAUAAGAAGGGUGAUGGAGCGACCUCAGAUGUUGCAGAGAAGUUGGGAAAUGUUACGAUUGGGGAAUGUAGCGAGUAUGUUGGGCAAAUACUGCCGCCACCUAUGAAGGCUGGGGUGCAGUGGACUGCAGAAUAUAAGGACAUGUUUCUUAGGCCAACCCAACAAAUACAGUCUGGCACUAGAAAAGUAGCGGGAUGA